CGAAUUUGCUUCCUCUGGCAACAAUGAUCUUUGCCCUGUGCACCAACGACACGGUCUUGAAGGUCGAGCAGUGCGACUACGACUUUCUCUGCGCCAACACGACGGCGUUCCUCAACGUAGACGGCACCACCGCAGUCUUUAGCUACGCAGACUCGGACGGCGACUUGGUCACGAUCAAAACCCAAGCCGAUGUCGACGAAGCCAUUGCGUAUAUGAAAGAUACUGGCUUGGACACCCUUCGCAUCAACGUGGGCUUACCCGCCACGACAACUACUCCGGCCAGUGUACCCGCUACUGUCGAAGUGCCUAUCCCCCCUGUUUUCAUCGAGGUUCCUGUUGUCACCCCAUCCCCACCUGUGACCCCACCUACCAUCCAUUCCCGUCGAGUAUGUGAUGGAUGCAACAUGUACCCGAUUGUCGGUACGCGUUACCGUUCCACGCGCAACCCCGGGCUCGACUUUUGCCCGUCGUGCGUUGCGCAUACAAAGUGGCAGCGUCAUGCUCCCUUUGAAGCGAUCGACAAGGAACUCGUGACCCACGACUCUGUGACGUGCGACGGCUGCCACAUGAGCCCCUUGGAAGGCGUGCGCUACAAGUCUGCGGUGGUGGACGAUUUCGACCUGUGUGCGGCCUGCGAAGCCUCGGGCAAGUGGGCGGUCACGCACGAGCCAUUCCUCAAGAUCACACACCCCCGUAAGUCGAUUCGUCCGGACAAUGUCCACGACGGCGUGGUAUGCGACGGAUGCAACGUCCACCCGAUUGUCGGUGCCCGCUUCAAGUCGGCGGUGGUCAAGAACUUUGAUUUGUGCGAAACGUGCGAGCGCUCGGGCAAGUGGAACACCAGCCACGGCCCGUUGCUUAAGAUUUACACGCGUCAACAAGCCCCCGCCGCGUUGUAUGUGGCCAUGGCCGACGACGAACAUGUGCUGUCGCAGGCUGAGUUUACAGCCCAGGCCCAGCAGCAACAUGGCCAUCACCCGCACCACCACCAUCCCCACCACCCGCACCACCACCAUCCCCACCACCCGCACCACCAUCCACAUCACCACCCGCACCACCAUCAUGGUGGCCAUCACCACGGGAAGCAAGGCAACAUGGGCGAUGCAUGGAAGUUGAAGCGCGAGUUCUGGAAGCAGCACUGCCACGAGCAGAAGACCCAGUGGAAGGAGCAAUGCAAGGAACAAAAGGCCCAAUGGAAGCAAGAGAAGAGGCAAUGGAAGCGCCAGGGCCGCCAUGCCGCCGAAGGCAACCCGGCGCCGGCCCCGCCUUCGUUGGGCGAGAUGAUGGACCACAUCAAAGCGCAAAUGAAGGAGCACUUUACCCCGGCCAAAGUGGCCGAAGUCCAAGACACGCUGAAGGCGCAUUUGCCAGUGGAGGUGUUUGAGGCGUUCAAGGCCGGCUCGGACGAGUGGCUAAAGUCGGUGGCGACGGACAGCCCCGUGUACAAGGCGGAGUUUGUCGCUGACUUAACAUUGCCCGACGGCACGGUGUGCUACCCCGGCGAGUUGCUGACGAAGCGAUGGCAUUUGCGUAAUAGCGGGGACGUGGCGUGGCCCGAGGGAUGCGUGGUGACGUUUGAAGGCGGCACUGAGAUGGCUGUUGAGGGGGCUGGUGUGACGCUUCCCCAGGUAACGCCUGGCCUGGACUGCGUGGUGGAGAUGUCGUUGGUAGCUCCCCGGGCGGGGGGUCGCCACGCUAGCCACUUUCGCUUGAGUACUGGCAAUGGCGCCCGAUUCGGCGAAAAGUUCUGGAUUGACGUGGUGGUGGACGCCAAAAAGGCGCAAGUGGCCGACGACAACAUGGUGGUGAAUGCGAUUCCCUUGGCCACGCUUGUCUUGCGCGACGAAGAUGACAAGGCGCGAGUUGAAGCGACGGGGCUGGUGGAAGUCCCGGACGAAGAGGAGGAAGAGCUCACGAAGGAUGAGGACGAAACAGCGUCGGAAGCGUCGGACGACUUUGUGGCUGUGACGAGCCCGGCGGACGAAGACGCGCUGGAAGCGGAGGCGGACAAGUUGAUGGAGGAGGAGCAGCACGAGUUUGCCACGGAGCUGGGCGUGUUGGUGGCCAUGGGUUUUGAAAAGGAUGACGAAACCCUGCGUGGGUUGCUGACGCAGUUUGAAGGCAACUUGGAAAAGGUGGUGGAGCAAUUGCUGCAGUAACUUCGGAGAUGGUGGUUUCUGUUAUAUUUCUGAAUAAUAAUAUACUUUGAAUCGAAA